AGUGCUUUAGCUAUUUGGCCCCAUGGAGUUUAGUCUACCAUGAGAGAGCAAAGGUUGAGCACCCAGGUUUUCACACAGUAAAGGUGCUGAGGGGUAAAGAAGAACAAGACCAGCAUGUUCAAAAGCAGCUACCAGCACGAGGUGCGCAAACAGAAGUACCAACGCUCUGACGUCUUUGAGGAGCCCAGCAGCCCGGAGACAGAGACCACUCCUGGCGUCGGACCCUCCGCCGCCUCUGUUUCCGGCUGGGAGAGCCUACAGGAGCUGAACGGCCGUUUUGCACGUUACAUCAAUCGGGCCCGUGUGCUGGAGCAGCGCAAUGCCGUGUUUCGCAAGCAGCUGGAGACUCUGGAGCGCAUGGAGGAGGAGUACAAACUGGAGGAGGCCAUCAGCGAGCAGAUCAAUGUCAAUAGACGCCGCAUCAGAGAACUGCAGUCUGACCGCGUCAAGCUGGAGAGAGAACUUAAAGAUGCUGAACGCAUGCUUGAUGAAUACAACAGCAGAUACAGAAAUGAAUGUGAAUAUCAAGAGCAGCUGAGGCGCUCACUGGAACAGCUCAAUAAGGAAGCGGACAGUGUGCUAUUGAAGAAUCUUGAAUAUCAGAUUCAGCUGCAAUUUCUCCAUGAUGAUGUCAAUGCCACCAAAGAGAGGCACAGAAAGAACCUUACAGAGAUUCAGACGUAUCUUAACAUUUUGCAUCAGAUCAACCAGACUAUUCCUCUCUUGGCGAACGUGUCGGUCUCAGAGGAUCAGGCUAAGCUGAUGGCUCAAAGACAAGUUCCUGCCAUGAGGAAUCAAUUGGAGGAAUACAAGAGCGCCAUCUGCCAGCUGCAGGCUCAGAAAUGUCGACUGCAGACUGAGACCUCUGUGGUGGAACAAACCAUCAAGACCACACAAGAGAGCUACGAUGAUGAAAUUCAGCUCUACAACGAACAGAUUGAGUCCCUCAGGAAAGAGACGGAGGAGGCCGAGAGGUCGCUGGAAAAGUACACCAACCACUGUCGACAACUGGCCACAUAUCAGACCUCUCUGGAGAAUGAACUCGAGAGGUACAAGAGAAUCAUUGAGAAUGAAGAUAACAGACUGAAUUCAGCAAUAAUCGGAACACCCGUUACCCUGUUAACAACCAAUUACAAAAACACCCAGAGUCCUAGCAUGAGCAGGAAAGCAAAAGAUAUUACCCAAGCUAUCCAAGACAUUACUAACAUAAAGCCUCGUCAAAAGAACUUAACCAAUAAAGUGUUUAAGAAGAAAGAGAUCACUUCCAAAGGCGCUAUAGAUAGCGGAUUGGAGGAAAGGACAGCAGAAGAGUUUGAGAAAGAGAAGAAUAGAGAGGUCAUGGAGGAACAGGUUGUAAGAUGUAAGGAGCAUGUUCCUCGUGAAGACGUGCCUGAUGGAGCCCAGAUCAGCAAAGCCUUCGAUACUCUCUGUAACAUCAUUCGUGGCCGUAUGAGCCAAGUGAGGAAACCAGAGCCCAUCGCUGACUUUUUCACCAAGGGACGUUACGUCCUGGUCACGGGCGACUCUAACUACCUGGACCCUCGCUUCUUAUCAACCACCCCUUCCGCCAGCCACAUCUAUGUUACAAUCCGAGAUGAUGCGAUGCCUUACGAUCCUUACCGGACCGGUACACCCUCCCCUCCCCCUUCCUCCCCAUCUGGACCAAUGCCCCAGCCCCUAACCCCUUCCAAACCUUCAGAUGAUACAGAACCAGAAAAAGGUAAAGAUGAUGGAAAACGGAUGAAAGGUGGAAAAGGAAAGCCAAAAGAGCCAGAACCAGGCCCUCAUGACAGGCCCAGCCCUCCUCCAGGACCCAGGCCACCCUCAUCCCAACAUAGAGGCAAGAGCAAGACCUCGGAGGAUCCGAGUAUUUUCCGAGGCCCCCCGCCCCUGUCAUCGCUCAGUUCUAUUCCCCCUGACUCCAUGACAUAUGAGAAGGUAGAAGUAGUGGAGUCUGUUGAGAAGCUCUCGCCAGACAAUAAAGUGAAGGGCUAUGAAGAGACGACCACAGUGGUUGAGACCAUGAUUGAAAAGACCAGCAGAAAGAAGCAUUGAGACAGAUCUUCUUGAGUUACGCUUGCUACUGCACCAUUAAACCUGCUCCAGCUUGCCUCCAACAUGCUUUUAACUCUUUCCCCGCCAGUGUGCCACCUGGUGCAUAAUAGCAGUGUUGCGGAAAGCCGGGAAUACUCGUCAUUGGCAAGGAAGCGUUUUCUCUUAAUUGACAAGUUAUGAGUUGGCGGGGAAAGAGUUAACUACUGCUGCCUGUUAUCUCCUGCAUUAUUGCCUUUGGCCUUUACUGUCUGAAAACAUGCAUACAUAGAUCAAAAGACUACAGAGCAGUUUCAAAGGGGGGUUUUGAGUCAUAGGCCCUGUUCUAAAGCUUACUGUUCUAAUGUUUUUCAUUCUACUGCCAGAUCAUUUGGAAGUAGUGCUCAUUAAUAAAAAAAAGUACAUGGGAGUCUUCACUUAUAAUUGAUAGUUUCACAGAGCAAGCAUGUUGCUAAGCUAACAACACAAAACAUAAGCAAAGACUAAUUGGAUUUAGCCAUUUUUAUUGGUACUUUCUAAACUUUCUAAUUUAUAUAGAAUCUAUAAUUAUAUUAUAAUGAACACUUGUUUGUUUGCCAUUUCGGAUGGAUUGUUUCUGAGGCUUUUCGCAAUGCAUUCUGGGGUCGCCUUUUCUAUCAGACACAUUUGAAGUAUUUGACCAAGUUGAGUUUUUGCUCCCUUUGUGUUAGGAGCACAUAUAUGGUGCACUUCCUUAGGCAACUCAGUAGGUUUUAGAACAGAGCCACUCAACCAUUUAUCGCCCUCUUCAUUUCUCUGUGGUCACACCAAAGCUAUUUUUGGCAUUUCUUUUGCUAUGAUUUGUUUAUUUGGUUUGCCAACAUUCAUUGCCCACAGCAGAAUUGAUGUGUAUUAUCUGCACCACAAAUAAAUUUAAGACAUUUCCAAAAACUAUUCAUCAGUACUGUGUGUUUGGUGACUCUACAGAUGACAUAGUAAGAUGCACAUGGACAUAUUGGAAAAAAUGUACCUAAGGAAAAUAAAGCACAUAGUUAGAUAUUAAUUGACACUCAUACUGUAACACUGAACACACAUUAACUCUGUCAGUCAGACUCGUGUCAGAUUAAAACCAAGUGAAAAUGCUAAGAACCAGGAUUUGUAAAACUAGACUUGCUUGUGAAAGUCCUGCUAGUCACACAAUAGUCAUCUCAGAGUGCAUUGAAGAAAAAGUUAAACUAUCAACAAAUGUUGGUCAUAUAAUGGAGUGUCCCAUUUGUA